GACAAAGGGAGAAAUGGGUGUGUUUAUGUCACUGAAUUUGCUUCUUGGUGGAGAGAUGUUGUUCCUUGCUUGCAGCAUAAAUCUAUGCAAUAUGUGAGCAUUUUCCCCACUGCUCCCCAUCAAACGAUUUCUUGGACUUUCUUGAAGAAACAAAGAGGAAUAAAUGGCAAGUGUGAUGUGGGGUUAGGCUGUUCAUCUCAGGUCAGGUUUCUAAACUGGGGUUCACGUCAAACCUUGGAGACAUAAAUAGUGUAAUAAAUGUGCUGAUGGGGUGGAUUUUUUUUUCUUUUGCCAUUUUGUGCCUCUACAAAGCUAAAAGCUCCGUGUUUUGGCUGAACACAUCUGCUUCCUAUGCACUGUCUUUUUACUGUCCUGGAGAGGGGGAAAAUUGAAGAGUGUAUUUUAAACAUAUAUGUAUGUGUAUAUAAAGUCUGUCUGCCAGAGAGCACAAGCUGGAGACCCACAAAAAAAGUACUGUUUUACAAGACACAUAGUGAACUGACAGAAUAUAACACCACAAGAGGAAACAAGGAUGGCUUUGAAUUUUGAUGGCAUUUGGAAAGGAAGGGUUUGAUAAACCUGUGGCAAAUAGACAGCUCUUUGCUGCAAAUACUGUGAAGCUUCCAAGUCCGGAAAUAGUAAAUCUUAGAAUAUCAGAGAGGAGGUGACUUCAUGUCUUCCUGAUGUAUACCUUGCUUUUCUCCUGGGUGACAUCCCUAAAGAAAAGUGGAGUAUAGAUUCAAUAAAUAAAUACUGUAUAUGCUCUUGUAUAUGUCUAGAAACUUUAGUUUAAAAAUGGACCCAAAAACACUGGGUCGACUUAUCCACAGGUCAAUGUAAGUACUGUACCUUAACUUUUACAUAUAUAUAAAAAGGAACCAUCUCCUUCUUGGAGUAGAGCGGCAAAAGACGAAAGCUUAGUCCGUCCUUGAAUUAUACAAGAGGUCAACUAAUACACGAGUGAAUUUAUAUGGUAAAUGCCUUGCUUGGAGUUGGAAGUAUCUUGCUGGCCAAUGCCAAGACUUGCAAGGCCUCUGCAGAGGACACUCUAGUUGUGCCACACAAUCAUAUGCAUCCUAAAGGUUAGAAAAUUGAGUUUUUUGGAUACAGCUCCAAACAUGGCAGAGGUCUGAGCUCUGAAAUUCUUCAACCAGAAGUGUCACCAUUGUUCGGGAGGAUUUAAUCUCAUGUAAGGCAAAGUGCCCCUUGAGUAUUCCUUGCCAAAGAAGAUCCUAAGAAACUCACUAAGUCGAUACGCAAUUUGAAGGCACAUACACUUGCAAAGAUGAAUAGGAUUGCAGAACUUUUCAUCUGAAAUUCCUGGCACUCAUUUACGCUUGCACAUACCAAUACCAUCUUGUUGGUUUCCAGACAGCCAGACAGUUAGAUCAAAAACUCACCGCCUUCCCAGAUGCCAUUACCGUUCAAGCAGCCUGAAUUGCAUUACAAAUCCAUUCUGUUGUAUUGUCGGGGUUUUGUGAUUAUUUUUAUACCUUUCUCUGAAUGUUGCGGGGGCAGAUCUUAAAGUGGAGAGGUGGGCUGUAUAUUCCUUUUUAAAUUAAAAGUCUGAACUUUUGCAGAGAAAAAGAUCUAUAUUGUCCCACCAGAGCCAAUAUUUUUGGAUAUUACGGUCAAGCUUCAGAAUGUAUCGUUGUUCAGAUGUAUUUUGUCAUGUUUGAUGGUUGCCUUGCCAUUCAAAAAAAGCAGUAUAAAUGUGUAAUAAUAAAACAAAAGGUAGAAAUCUCUGAACAUGCGCAGAGGCUUCUUUUGCUACACGUUUGGCUAGCAGAUCCAAAAUGAUGUUUGUUUCAUCAGAGGCCCUGAUGUUUCUCUUUAGACACCUAGCUGCUGUUUUUACAAGGUUAUCUCUUUCAAAGCAGGGUUUAUUUUAAGCUUUUUCUCCUACUGCCCGAAAGGCUGGUACUGAGAAGAUGCUUUUCCCGGAUCCACUUGGCAACGCAGAUUAUUUUGUGUGACCACACAGUUCACCAUAAAAAGCGACCCAUUUUGGAGUAUUUUUGGCUUUACAAUUUUGGAGAAGGGAUACUCAACCUGUACCGCUUUUCAUCAUUACAUUCAGUAGUGGUUUAUUACCAUUAGAUAUAUUUUGAUGAGAAAUCUGCACUUAGGACAAGAGGCAACUGACAGAACAGAAUAUGGAGAAACAGGAUGGUUCCCAUUUGGCAAAGGGGUCUGGCAAGGCUGCAUUUUAUCACCCUAUUUGUUCAACUCAUAUGCAAAAAAUAUCACAUGAAGAGCAGGCUUAGAUUCAGGAGGAGGAAGAAGGAACAUCAACAAGCUAUGUCCAAAGCCUUUACUCUGGCUAAAUGUAAUGUAUUUCCAUCUGCUUUACUUUUGGGAAGAUAUAAUAAAACACCUUUGUCCUUGUCGGUCUCAGGAGGUAGAAACAGCGGGGCAUCUUAUUGUAUUGGACUUUUUACCAGGACCUUCAGCGCUGUUUUAUAGUCCCGAUUUUAUGGAAAACACCAGGAAAAUCUGAUACAUUUUAUAUUGAUGACCUUUUGGCUGACCAGCAAUCUGAGAUUAUGGCCAAGGUGGCGAGUUUUUGCAUUGGUGCAAUAACUUGCCGACACAGAAUGGUGUCUUAAUUUUAAUGAUUUUAUUAUGUGAAUGGUUUUCUACUACGCAGUUUUAAAUAUAUCCAGAUUUUGCAUUAUUGAUUUAAAAAAUUGAUGUAUAAUAUUACUAAUCCUUGUCUGAUGUAUUCCCUUGCAGUGGUUUUCAUUCAUUCAUAUGUCCAAAACACCUGGAGGACCUAAGUUCGGGAACCACAGAGCUAGACAUCAACUUCCUUAGGAAAUGUUAGCUAGACACAUCUUGAUGCAUGUCUCCUCCUUGGUCCCAGAUGUGACUGUUUGGUCAUUGAUCUCAACAUAUACUAUAAAUAGAAAGUUAUGAAAAUGGAACGUUAUCAGUGAUAAUUUUAAUUACCUCUUUGUUUACCUUUUUCUCACCUGUUUGUUUUAAGAAAUAACCUCCUUCCUGAUUGAAGUCCAUUGCCAACUGCGCAAUACACCUACUGCAGGUUUCCUUUUCCUACUAUGCAAAAUGCAUUCAGCUGCAUCUUAGAAAUGUACCUGCUCUGCCAGUAAAAGAAGGGCUGGGCUUUCUUCUCCUUGUUUAUUUCUUGCAACUGGGGGAAGGAAAGCCUUCUCAAGACUCCUGCCCUGUUUAAAGAUUAAACUUCCGUGAUCUCUUUGGAAAAGGCGGAGUAUCCAGGUGAAGCUGCCACUCCAUGCUGAACCUUGGACUUCGUACACUUAAGGAGCCAUGAAGAAGGAGAAGGAAGGACUCCGGGACACCGCAGAGUUAACUGUGAAAUUUGAAUUUAACCCCAAAGACGGGAUUGAUAACCCGGUCCUAUCACUGGCGGAAGAUGCAGAGCCAGAGGAGGAGUCUCAGCUCCGUUUCUGCUUUCUGAAGAAAGAAGAUGGCGAAAGCUUUGGAUUCUGGUUGCGUCAAGAAGUGGGCGAGAGUGGGCACAUUGUGCGGCGGGUGACGCCAGGAGGCUUGGCCCACCGGAGAGGACUGAGGAAUGGUGACCGAAUCCUUGAGGUGAACGGGGUCUAUGUUGAAGGCAUGGAGCAUUUUAGGGUAGUUUGGAAGAUCAAGAGCAGUGGAAAACAAGUUUCCCUCACCGUUUUGGAUGGUAAUGCUUAUGAGCUGUCAAAAGCUCUCAGCCGGGACUUAGCCCAGCUCCUGCCACAUCACCACCAGCCACGGCUGUGCUGCAUCCCCAAGGCCCAAAGCGGCUUUGGCUUCACUGUUUCCGCUCCUGAAGGUGUGAAAGGCACGUUCCGACUUUCAGUGCCAAAGGAUGGACCGGCUGAUAAGGCGGGUGUCCCAGAUGGCUCAUGGCUUUUGGAGCUCAAUGGGGUCAGCGUGGAGAGCUGGACUUCUGCCCAACUCAACAAAAAGCUCAAACACAGCAGCAACCCAAUGGGAGUCUUGGUGAUUGAUGCUGAAUCAGAGGAUUUCUAUCGCCAACGAGGCAUUAAAGUCACUGCUUCCAUGGCCGAUGCUUCCCUGGUUCCAUUUGAAGUGAAGAAACUGGAGAUGGAGAGAAGUCAGGAUGGCUACGGGUUUUUGCUGAAAGAAGAAAAAUGUUGCUCUGGAAAGAGGGGCCAGUUUUUGAGAGAGGUGGAUGCUGGGAUGCCAGCUGAGAAGGCAGGGAUGAAAGAUGGUGACCGCCUCUUGGCAGUGAAUGGGGAGAGUGCUGAAGAUCUCGACCACCAAGAAGUGGUGCUGAGGAUCCGUGCCGACAGCAGUCGGGUGACCCUGUUGGCCAUUGAUGCAGAGGGGAGCAAGUUCUACGAUUCGGUUGGAAUAUCCCCUCUUCUUUUCUACGAUGAAAAGGACCCAGCAGCAGGUUGGACCCUGGCUCAUGCCUCCUCUCCUCCCAGCUUGCUUCAAGAAAGCAAGAUCCCACCCGUGACAGCCUGCCUCCGUCAUCCCAGCACAGGCUCCCAUGGGAAUGAACUGCCACCAGACCAGCCUGGUGAAAAUUCAUGGGCUCUCAUAAAAGAGGGCCAAGAUGGACUGAGCCAGGCAUUCUAGAAGCUGCCCAGUCAUGGUUGCCAAAAAUGCAAUUUUCAGUUCUAGCUGUGCAUUAGUGGCUGCAGGGAAUACUGAUGCACAGAUGCUCAUGGUGAAAUUUAACAUCUGUGGCCACAGUCUGCUUUUUCUUUCCUUGGCCUACCAUACUGCUGCCUUAUGGAUCACCUCUGCCCUCUGAAAAUAUUUCCUGCACAGGAGAUCCCAUGUGAUCAUGGCUGAAACCUAUAGGACUUCUCUGAAGCCACCAAGAGACAAUCCUUUUCACUUUGGGGUAUGAUUCUAACAUUCAAAAGGCAAGAUGUCUUGCAGCUCAAGGGUGACCUUAGCUUUGCCACUGAGGCGAAGAGGGACUAGAAUAUGUUAAAUUUGUUUCUAUUUUGAAAUAUUACCACGACUAAGAAGAGAAACGUAACAGGGUGGUAUAUUCUGGAACUUCGACCUCAAUCCAAUGUGCCUACGGGAGCGUAUUUGAUUCAAAUUAAUGUUUAUAAUAGUACUAAAAGGAAUAGUUACAUUUAUAUCAUGCCUUUCCUUCAAUGAGCUCAAAGUGUCAUGUGUAGACCUGUCUGUCUUUAUCUCCACAAUAGUCCUGUGGGGUAGUUCAUCGCUAGUUCAUUAUUGGUACCAGAACUUGGAUCUCUCAAUUCCUGAUCCAGUAGUUUCUUCACCACACUGAUAGAUGACAGCCAGGAUGGCAAUGGUCAGGAAAAUAAUUGAAAUCCAUUCUGCACAUCCUCAGAGGCUCUAUAAUUAUUAUUGCUCCUUGAAAGUUUUAAGGCCCAAUCUCCAAACUCAGCUUCAGGUGCAAUGUUAAACUGUGAUGAGAAUAAGAAGCAUGUCGGGAGCAACCUUUCAGGUCUCCAAAGGCCUGAGUCCAAACUCCUUCAGCCGGUCCUUAUACUCCAGGUGGAUGCCUGUAGCCUCCUUCUCCCAGCUAAGCUUGGUGGUCUGCAUCUUGGACAACACAUGGUCCAGGCUAGCCUGAGGACAGAAGAAGCAACAAGUACAGUAGUAGGAAUGGUCUCUGCGUGUAUGCAUACAUCAUCACCAAAGGGUUGGGAACAACCUCUAACAAAACAUUUCUGAGAGAGGCAGCCUUUCCAACACAACCAUAUUGCCAGCAGAGUAACUCCGUGAGUUGACUAUUCUUGAGAAAAGCAAAAACCUCUGCCUCUACAGAUUUAAUACCUUGACAAUGGCAUUAGCUGAGACAACAAGACCACUCUUGCUUCUAGCAUCAUUUUCUGAAUAUUGUGCUUUUUUGUAUUGUGCCUUCAAGUUGUUUCCAACGUAUGGGGACCUAACGUGAACCUAUCAUAGGGUUUUCUUGGCAAGAUUUGCCUAUGCCUUCCUCUGAAGCAGUGUGACUUGCCCAAAGUCAUACUUUGGGUUUCCAUGAUCGAGCAGGAAUUUGAACCCUGGUCUCAAGAGUUGAAGUCCAGUGCUCAAACCAUUAUGCAACACUGCUUCAAAUUUCAUGCUUAGAUCCUGGGAAUUCUACAACUGCCCUUGGAUGGUGUGUUAUUCCCCCCAUUCCAUCAAACCACAGCACCAUGGAAAGUGGAAGCCAAAACAGCUCAUGCUUUAUUAAUAUAAAUGUCUUUUUCCAAUCGGUUGAUUGAAUCUAUUCUAUUCAGUGGCCGUAUUCAGCUUAUGUGCCUUACAGUGUGACACUGUAAGGUCAAAGGAGAGCUAAAAUGGAAAGAUCUGCCAGUUCUGAGGCUGCAGAGAGAGAGAAUGAUAAGAGAAAUGAACAACUACUUCAGAACAACUGCCAAAAAAUAAAUAUUUUUAAAAAGAACUGAAGUGAAACUCCAUUUUAAGAAGGUCUGCUUUUAAGAUCUUGGGAGACAUAACAUUCAGAAUGGUGGAAGGAAGGCUUUGACCUCUACUUCACAGCACUUCUUUGGGCACAAGAAUUCAAAAUAAAACUGGUCGGUUUUAUUGAUAGCAAAGAGGAAAACACUGGGCUGGAGCGACCUGACCGUCUCCAUUUUUUGAGAGGAGGCCUUGAGUAUUUUAGUACAUCCUAGAGCUAAACAAUGGUGGGAAUAAAAUACUUUAUUGCUUCUUCCUGCGGUUUUGACAAUGGCACAUUCACUGACCCUAAGACAGCCUGGGCUGUGCCAUCCAGCCACCCAACUCACAUGGAGGAUUUUGUCAUAGUCAGUCUCCAUCUCGUCGAUCUUGCGCUGCAUCUCCGCAAUGGCCUUGUCCUUUUCUUCCAGCAUCCUGGCUUUGUCUUGCUGACUUUGCCGCAUCUCUUCCUGACAGGCAGCUGCCAAGUAGAAAAUGUAGGAGGGAGAGAAAGCGUGGAGUAAGAGAAAGUCAAGGCAGUGUGGGAACAAAAGCCGAGCAGAUGAUAAGAGAGAAGGUAGCAGGUCAAGACACUGCAGGAAAAAAAUGGACUAGGAAAUAUGCCAGGGAGUGUGUAAUAUGAAGCUUUGCAUGCAAGAAAGUCAACAAGACAACAAAGUUCCUGUGUAUGCUACAGAUAUCACUGAGAUUGAUGUAUCAUCUUUAUGAGAGGAGGACAAGGUGUGUGUGUGCGCACUGUGUAAUGUUAUGUUGAAGAGUUCAGUAUUUGUAACACAGAAAUAAGUUUUACUGUAUAUUCAAAGAUGCUGCUAGCCACAUCCUUAAAAUUGUGAUGGCAUGACACUGUUUCUCUCUAAAUAAUACAUGUCCUUUUUAUUACAAAAUG